CUUUACCCCUUAAAUAAUAAUUAUUUUAAGGCUAGAUUUAAGGCCAUUUUUAGGAGUGACUUAGUCCACUUUCAUCAUUAAGGGCACAAAUAUGUCACCUGUCAAUAUAAGUGUGAAUUGUCACCUGUCAAUGUUUAUGAAAUAGGGCCCUAGUUUCACUGGGAUUUGAAUUUUUGAAUUACAAAAAAAAUUAGAAAUUCCAACAGUGCGAGGUUUUACUCGUUUAUCCACAGUGAAACUGUUAUGACUGUGAAUAAGGGGUCCGAAUUAAUCACUAAACUCCGUAAAAGGCAUUUCUAGAGUGAGUUUGCACCAAUUUGCAGAGAUACGUGACGACGGAAAAUCAUGGCCAAACUUACCAAAAUAUGGAAUAUCGACUAUUACUUCGACGUUAUGUCUAAGAUGUCACCGCAAAAGCAGUUCGUCACUUCCCAAAUCUAAUUAGGCAUAAUUUAACCCGUCGGUCGUCGCCGUCCAUGAUAAACAGAUUUAGUUAAAUUUCUCCGAAAGAACACAACAGAUGCCGCUAAAAAGGUGAACCUAUUCUAUUGGCCGGCAGUGUAUAACAGAUUGUAUUAAAAUGUACCUGUGUAUUAGUUUGAAUGUUUUUUAAAUUGUUAUAUACUUGUGGUUGUCUUAUCUAGUAUUCGUCGUGCUCUUCUCUCAUAGGGAACAAUCAGUCUUUCUACGACCACCACCUGAUAUACGCAAAUGUUUUUAAAUUACUCCUGCACAGACAACGCAAGGACCGCAUAAGAAAUAAAAAAUAAUACAAGUAAUAACCUCUUAAAGUUGUGUAGAAUCAUAUAAAAUUUCUACCAACAAAGUAAAAAGAACUACUUAUUUUAAAGGAGAAAGAGGAGUUUUUUUCAAUUUUGUGACAGAAGGGAAUGGUAUAUUUCCUGGGGGAUUGGGGCAUGGGAGAUUCUGACUGUGCGUCAUUUCAACAUGUUUCAAGUAUACAAAAUUCACACAUUAGCCAUCAACUUCAUCACAAUCCUCAACAACGUCAGGAACUGCAAAGACAGCUAUCAACAGCAGCGUCAGGAACAACAGAAGAAACAAUUGUUGGCCAUGCAGCCCCACUGUCUUUAACACACUCACCAAUUCAGUUCGAGACUAGUACCACAACUGCUUUAAACCAACAGUUUCAGCAGCAACCUCAACAAUUGGGUGGACAUACAACAACACAAACUGGUUUUUUACUAAGACAACAAUCAUCUCCAAUCAAUUCGAGUUCCAAUUCUAAUUUAGUCACAGCAAAUCUAGAACAGUUGUCUGUUAGUAAUGCACCAAAAACAAUACCACCAACGACCACAAAUGUUAACACUAACAAAUUGAUUGCAUCAAAUCAAGUUGCAACCGCAACAGGCAUUAGUGGAUUGGCGCUACAUAAUUACUUGGGUAGACAAAGAUCCGAAUCAUGUGCUGGAAAUGUUGGUGCUGAAAAUAAUAUAUCAAAGGAUCUCCUUGAAAGUGAAGAUGAAGUUGCACUGCAGCCGCUCUCCAAUCAGGUUGGUGGGCACACCCGCCUACUCCUGCUUAAUCAAAGUACUGUUAUUAAGCCAUUAAAUCUUCGUGAAUUGGGUUUUUAUCAAAACAUUCCACAAGAAAUCCAGAAGUUUGUUCCAAAAUACAAAGGUGUUAUGCAAGCAACAACAAUGGGUGGCACCAAAUUAGAAAAACGUUAUUCGCCAAGCUUCCGUGAAGAACAUGUUCGUAAAAUCAGUGCCUCAAAAAGGAAACGGGAUGAUGUCUUACGGAUGAAAGUUCAUAAAAAUGGAAAUGCAGCCGAUGUAAUAAAGAGUAUUUCUCAAUUAGACAACACAAACAAGCAAUAUUUUCUUAUGUUGGAGAAUAUAACAUCUCAAUUCAAAAAUCCGUGCAUAUUGGAUUUAAAAAUGGGCACACGUCAACAUGGUGAUGAUGCAUCUGCAGAAAAGCGCACGAAACAAAUGGCAAAGUGUGCAGCUAGUACAUCUGCUUCUCUUGGCGUACGACUUUGUGGAAUGCAAGUUUUCCAAGCAGAUAUGGAUCAGUAUGCUAAACGUGACAAAUACUGGGGUCGUGAGCUUAACGAAGAAGGCUUCAAACAAGCAUUGCAUGAUUUUUUUUACAACGGCUAUAGAUUAAGAACACGAGUCAUCAAGAAAAUAUUGCAACGAUUACAACAAUUAAGGAGGGUUAUUGAAAAACAAUCUAGCUAUCGGUUUUAUUCUUGCUCGCUUUUGAUUGUAUAUGAAGGCUAUGAAGAAAAUCCUAUGGUGCAUCCAACAGAUACCUUCUUUGCCAUACCAACGACACUGGCAUUACCACCGCCAUCUUCAACUGAAUGUUGUACUUCUCCGCAAUACUACCAAGAACCAAUAUCCUCAGAUCAUCAAAAUAACAGUGUUGAAGAAGAUGAUGACGAAGCAGAGGCAGACGAUGAGGAGAACGAUGUCAGUAGUUGCGGCCGCACACCCACUUCCAACCAGUGUUGUUACGAUGCUGAUGCAUCGAACGACUCCACCGAGUUGAAUCUCUCUUCAUCGCACGAGGACAGCGAUCAUAACCAUCGAAUAUCCACACCUGUAAGUUCUGCUUGUCGACACCAUCGACACCAGAGACAUAAUCAACGCCAUCAACACCAGCAUAACAGUAAUCACCAUCAUCGUCAAGGCCACCAUCAUCAUCGUUAUCAUCGCCAUCACAAUCAUGAUGAUUCUGUUGAUGGUGAUGUAGACGACGACGAAGAACAUCAUGCAAAAAUCGAAAUGAGCACAACAGCACAUCAUCGUGGGUUUGGUGAGGCAGCAGCUCGUGGAGUUAAAUGUAGUAGUAGCAGUAGUAGCCCCCCAUCAUUACAGCACCAUGGAACUACACAACAGCAAUCUUCACCGUUCAUUCCAAUUUCUGAAGAAACAGUAUUCUUAGACCCUGAACCACCUUUACCGAGUAUUUCGACAUCGAGUCCUCACUCUGGUGAUUCCUGGAUGAAUUACAGUAGUAACAGCAGUGAUGACUUUUCAGGUCUCUCUGAGCAAAUAAAAGCAGUGACUUCAGGUCGUCAAACUGGAAAUAACAGUUCAGAUGAAGGAAGCUCCGACUAUGACAACAGUCUGAUGGGCCAAACUGAAGCACUUAUGAAACGGUAUAAGAGCGAUGAGUCUUCCCCGAAAUCAACUUCAAAAGGAGCUGUAAAACGACUUCGAUGUAAAGAUGAUGAGGAAGACAAUUUAAUGGGCAAAACAGAAAAUUCAUCUUCAGUGGCAAAGAAAUCUUCAACUGUUAUUAUGGAAGAUUCACUUCUUAAGAAUGUAGAGUCAGUAGACACAUUAAAAACAGUUACUGCUCCGAUAAGUGAGCAAUCGUUGGGAAGUCUAAUGGAUACAGCUCAACAAAACGAAGUUCUGGCGAAUGAAAGUAAUAGCACUUUCCUUAUGCCAAGUGAUAUUGCCCGCCGCCAUUCGCAUCCACAUGAUGAGUCUUCACCUGAAAUAACCAUCCCUGGACCCAAUCAAACUACGCAACCUCAACGAAAAUUAUCUUCUGCGUCUGCACAACGCCAAUCAAUACCCAGGCAAAAUCAAAAUCAAAAUCAAAACUUCCACCAGCAGCAUCCCCAUAUUUACCAUCAAUUGCCACACACGUCCAAGUCAUUGGACGCCAGUAGCAGCAUUACAGCCACACAUGAUUCACGCUGCCUCGUAGAUAUCCGGAUGAUUGACUUUGCGCAUACCGCCUUUGUGCCAACAAAUGGUUGCUGUUUGCUGCCGUCACCACCAUCGAUGCCAGUGCACCAUGGCCCUGAUGGAGGCUUUCUCACUGGAAUCGACAGUCUCAACAAGCUGUUGAGUGAGAUACUUGUCGAUGAAAAUAUAUAAACUGAACAAAACGAAAAGAAACAAUGUGGCGCUACAACAAUUCAGAAAUUUCUCAAAAUAGUUGUAAAUUACAUACAAUUAAAAAUAAUUUUCAAUCGAAAAUCAAUUAAUAUAUUAUAAUUAAACAACUCA